UGUCAAUCCAAGCGAUGCUGCAUAAACACGGAUGACACGUGUGUACGUUGUUCAGAUAGUAUCCAUCCAUAUCUGCGGAGAAGCCUGGUUGAAGUUUAAAUUAACUGAAAACAGGAAGGAUGGGUUCUAGGCUGAACUAUGCCAACAAAGUGAUCCUAGCCCCGAUGGUGAGGAUAGGCACUCUCCCUACAAGACUAUUGGCAUUGGAAUAUGGUGCUGACAUUGUAUAUUGCGAGGAGUUGAUCGAUUUCAAAAUGCUCACUUGCAGGAGAAAAGUGAACGAUGUUCUUGGAACUGUCGAUUACAUAUCAAAGGAUGAUGUGGUAGUCUUCCGUACAUGUUCAAAAGAAACAGAUCGACUGGUUUUCCAGAUGGGAACAGCGGAUGCCCAGCGAGCACUCAAGGUUGCGAAGAUGAUUGAGAAAGACAUCUCGGGAAUCGAUAUCAAUAUGGGCUGUCCUAAGGAUUUCUCAUUGAAAGGGGGCAUGGGAGCAGCACUGCUCAAAACCCCAGAUCGUAUCAAGGAGAUUCUGACAACAUUGGUUCAGGGAGUUAAAAUUCCUGUAACAUGCAAGAUUCGAAUCCUCCCCAAGUUGGAAGACACCAUAGCACUGGCCAAGAUGAUUGAGCAAACUGGUGUUGCUGCCCUUGCUGUCCAUGGACGUCUUACUGAAGAGCGCCCUCGCAACCCUAUACAUUGUGAUGCAAUCAAGGCUAUUUCUGAUUGUAUUAGUAUUCCACUGAUUGCAAAUGGAGGUUCACAAGACAUCAUCAAAUCGUAUGAAGACAUAGAGAGAUUCCGUGAGAUGACCGGAGCGUCAUCGGUGAUGAUUGCCAGGGAGGCCCAGUGGAACCCGUCCAUUUUCCGAAAGGAAGGCAAACUGCCAAUACAGGAUGUGAUCAAGAGAUACAUCCAAUAUGCUGUAGACUAUGAUAAUGUUUACACAAACAUGAAGUACUGCAUCCAACAGAUCCUAAGAGAUGUGGUCCAAUCUGAACAGGGUCAGGAAUUACAGCGUUCAAAGAGUGUGAAGGAGAUCUGUUCAGCAUUUGACAUGAAUGAUUACCAUGACAAGGUCUUGGCAGCAAGAACAGCAACCAUAGAAGAGCUAGAUUGCACAGAGAUGGCCCCUAAGAAACGGAAGCUGAAUGAUGGGACCUUCGUCAUAGAAGCACCAUGUAAACUAAACAGGAAACAGUUGAGGCUAUUCAAGACAACUUACAAGGGUUUGCUGGUAGAGUACUGCCAUGCCCAGAGACUACAACUGCCUCGAUACACCACAGAGGAAGAUAAAAAGAAUAAUGUUUUCAGGUCUUCUAUUAGAUUGAACAAUCAGGAAUAUGCCACAACACUAUGGUGUACAAGUAAGAAGUUUUCUGAGCAAGCUGCAGCAGCAGUUUGCUGCCAACAGCUUGGCUUGUCUCUCCAAAAGAGGGACCCUCGCUCGAGCACUCCUUCAAAGAAGAGCUGUACUGAAUCAGGAGAUCAGACGGUCAAAAAGCAAGGUCAGGAGGUCAAAUCAAUAGGUCAUGCUAAAGACCAAUCCGAGCAGCAGGACAACCUGAAUAGCCAGCCUGUCAAAGGGCAGGAAGAGGUUCACAACGGGACGGGGGCAGAAUCAUCCAGUUCACACACAGCAGGAAAUGCUUUCCCCUCUGCUGUGCCUUCACCAAGCAAGGAUUGCUCUACAGAUCAUCAGGAUAAAAGAUAUGUUAAUAUUGCUGAGCAGAGAUGACAUAAGUCUAUUGCCCUAAAUGAUAUCUGUCAGUAACAUAAGUACUAUGCAAUAUACUAAUAUUUUAACCAUACAGGAAAAUACAUUGCUUGAAUCCUUGUGUAAUCAGCAAUAUUUUCCUUUUAAAGUCUAUAUAUUAGAAAUAACAGAUUGAUUCAA